AUGGCACCUCGCGUGGGCUCAAGCGGCCUAUACAGCUGGUUCAAUAACUUGUCCCUGGGCAGGGUUGGCUCGCAGCCAUCGAGGACGGUCACAACGAAGAGCCAUGUGCGGAGACGGCGAGACCCCUUUGCCAUGGCACAGGCACGUCAGCGGAAGGCGGCAAACAUAUCUCGACAGCGCGAAUUGGCGCAGCGGCGAACAGAAGCGUUUGGCGACCCAGUUGCUAGCGAGAAGACCCCAUUGAUAGAAGCUAUGCUCAACCCGUCUCUCUACCCAACCCUGGGAUCAAAGGGUGUGCAUGUUCCUCCGGAUAAUGAGCAAUCGAGCUAUGUGAACUUUUGCAUAUCCAAGACAGACCUUGCGUCCGCUCUCGAAACGUCCAAGCGGCUCACACGACCUGUGCCACCGAUUGACGGCAGCGCCGCUGACCCCCAACACAUCGAAGACGCCAUCAAGAAGCAUGAGGAAGACCACAAAACCGCCGAGGAAGCUGUCCGUCGAAUCCUGGCGAUGAAGAACGGCAGCACCAGGAACCGAACAAAACUGAACAUCAAGCGGUCAGUCGACAUACUCGGCCGCCAUAACACCGAUCGAGUACUCCCUGCCAAACCCGCAGCUGCAGAUCAAGAUCCUACUAGCCUAGAGCCAUCUGCCAAACGGCCGCGUGCUGGGCCAGACACGGGUUCACCGGAAGUCCAAGUAGCCAUCCUAACGUCCAAGAUCCUGGUUCUGGCCGAGCAACUGAAGACGACUUCACACAAGGAUAAGCACAACAAGCGCCGGCUACGACUGUUCGUGCACCGGAGACAGAAGCUGCUCAGCUAUCUACGGAAAAAGGAGAGAGGUGGUCCUAGGUGGCAGAACCUGAUGCAGACACUUGGGCUGAGCGACGCAGCGUGGAAGGGCGAGAUCACGCUGAGAUGA